AUGGGUCCUUCUUUCUCGAACCUACCCUUAUUUCUCUUCGUGUUCUUCUGCUUCUCCUCAAAGGUCCAUGCCUUUGGCGCAGGAAAUAUUGCAUCGCUUUCCAAAAUUGAGGGCCAGAAUUGGCGACACGGAGAUAUUGAGGAUGUUCUUUUAACUCUGGCCUUGGCCCGCGUUGCCGGUGGUCGAAAGUUUAGUAAACUCGAUGUGCAGCGCGUUUAUUUUGGCAACUGGUUGAGAGACUACAGCCAAGCUGUUGAUGUCGGCACCCUGAAAUACGUCAGCGCUGAAGCUAUUCGUAUUCUGCUCUGGGUUCUAGGUUUCCUGAGCUUUGGCUAUGGUACCAAGGAAUUUGAGGUCACCACGGAGCGCCUAGGAUGCUAUCAGCCCACUGAGCAUAUCGACAAUCCGCUUGGGUACGCCGAGGGUGAAGACGCCCGGAAUUAUGACCGGCGUCUCAGAGGCCCUGUUGAUGAGGAGCUCGAGUUGGGUAUUGAUCCUAGAACAGGCCUUAAGAACUAUAUUGCCAAUGAGCACGUGGGCAUUGCAACCUCCGCUGGACUUGUGCGGCAAGUCUUUACGCGCUCAGUUCAGCUUGGCCGAAGGUACGCGAGAUCUCGAAACCAGGAGGAUUUGCACGAAGCUCUCCGCCUUCUCGGAACCGGAUUGCAUUGCUUGGAGGAUUAUGCUGCCCACUCCAACUAUGUCGAGCUAGCCCUUAUUCAACUGGGCGAAACGGACGUAUUCCCUCAUGUUGGGCGGAGUACCCGGGUUGAAAUUGAAGGGCUACGUGAACCUGUCUAUCCCCUGGUUACAGGCACUUUUGGCGGGGUCGACUUUUUCCACUCGGUACUUGGUGAAAUAUCGGACAAGGCAACUCAGUCUGAAAUUCAAGGCUUGGAAGGCGUCAUCAACCAAUCUCAGAGCGAUUCGCCAUCUGACAGCUUUCUCCAGGAUUUAUUGAGUAAGAUCCCGGAUGGGCUGAUUGGUAGCAGCGAUGAGAAAGUUGGUAGGAUGGAUGAACUCAAAGCCGAGUCGGAGCACGCAAAGGAGAGAACCCAGGGGAUCUCUCCUCGUGAGCCGGAGGAGUGGGCCAACUACCUGGACGACGUCCAAAAGCAAAUUUAUCCCGUCCUAGAAUGGCACGAUGAGUUACUCAAGUCGAUCAAUGAGGCUAUCGAGAAAAUACCGGUUCUGCCAGACUUGAUUGAACAAGUCCAGGAGCAGAUAACAGUCGCCGUUUUCUCGAUCCUCGCACCCUACAUCCUGCCAAUUCUUCAGCAGGUCAAGCUUGAGCUCCAGACGGGAUCUUCCGAAGUCAUCCAGAGCAGCAGGGAACAGCAACAUAUUGUUUUCAAUGACGACUACUGCACCAACCCCACGCACUCAAUGCUUUCCAAGGAUCAUUUUUCGAACAUCUUGAACGAGCCGGCUGGUCGGAUAGCUUCUCAAAUUGUCAAGUGGACCGUGCCUCAGCUGAUGGAAUUAUGGGAUGAUGAAGACGCGGACAUCGAUGCUACUUUGGAUAGGAUUGUGUUUGGUGUUUUCCACCACCCGGCAUUGUAUGAAUACGGGCGCGGCGGUGAAAGCGAAAUCCGUUCGAUCAUGUUUGGUACUGUCCAACAGUGGUGGAGCGACAAGUCACGUUCUGAGAUUGAUUACCUUCGUGAACAACUUUCUCGCAAUGGUGUUAAGGAAGGUAAAAACCACAAGGAAGGGGUGCAAGAUUGUGGACACGGAUGUGGAAAACCACUGACGGUACACAAGGAUGGCGGAGCAUAUGGGCAAGGACGCAAGCCUGAUGUAAGUGGCAUUGAGAAGAUUGCCGCUGAAGCUGCUGGUGGUGGGGCACUCGGUGGCCUUGUCGGCGGACUGGUGAGUGGUGUUGGCUCCAUGUUGCUCAACGAAUCCGGAGGCGGAUCGCGGCGCACCGAGGAGAGAGAAUACAGUUAUACGCAGGAGACGCGAGAGCCUCAGUAUGAGCGGCAUUAUGAACAGCACCAAUACACGACCAGACGUAGUGAAGACUCUGGUGACGAAGAAAAGGAGAAGCGCCGACACCGCAAGCAUCAGAAACACCACAGUCGGGAGCGAGACCAUUCACCAAAGGAUGAUAGCGAAGUUUCGGGUGACGAGGAGAAACGACACAGACGGCGUCACCAGAAACAUCGCAGCCGAGAGCGCUCACACGAACGCAGCAGCGGCUCCGACGACGAGGACAAACACCGCGGAUACGAGUAUAGCCAGCGCGAGGGUAGGCAUGAGGAUGGGGGACGCAGAUACGUUCAAGAAACAUUAGAGGAGUCUUAUAGACCCGAGCGCGGCGAAUAUAGAAGCGAAUACACGCAGUCAACUUACGAGUCUGGAAACCAGUCGUCGUAUCGCCACGAACAGCAGGAAUACCAUCAGGAAAGCAGGUCUAGACAGGACUAUAACUCGGGGUAUGGAGAGUCUCAGACGGGAUAUGGUGGAGGUGAAUACAGCUCUGGGGGUUACGGGACCCGCAACGAGUACCCUUCUCGCGGGGACUAUGGUUCUCGUGAUCAUCAGCCCAGGGAUGAAACUGAAAGCAGAGGAUAUGGUCAGUCUCAAGAAGGAGGGUAUGGUGGUGCAUAUGGCUCUGGAGGUUACGGGUCCCGCAACGAGCACCGUUCCCGCGGAGACUAUGGCUCUCGCGAAUACGAGCCCAGGGAUGAAUAUGAAAGUAGGAGAUAUGGAUAUUAA